AUGUGGACCCGGUGUCUCGAUGGUGUUCCUGUACCCAGAGGAUCUGAUGCAGCUUGCCUUAGUGAUGUUCCUGGUGCUGUUUUCAUGGCUUGCCUGCCCCUGUGCGCUUGCAAAUACUUAUCUGGACCCAAAAACGCAGAUCUGCUUGAAGAGUUUAGGUAUUGCGAGUUGGAGGACAUGGCUGCUCACGUGGGAGCAUCCCGAACGCCUCAGGAGGUGAUGGAACACUAUGUGAGCAUGUAUAUCCAUGGCAACCUGGGAAAAGCCUGCAUCCCUGACACCAUUCCGAACAGAGUAACGGAUCACACAUGUCCCAGUGGCGGCCCGCUUUCUCCUAGCUUGACCACGCCGCUCCCACCGUUGGAUAUAUCAGUGGCCGAACAGCAGCAGUUGGGAUACAUGCCGCUUCGGGAUGACUAUGAGAUCGAAUAUGAUCAAGAUGCAGAGACUCUGAUCAGUGGCCUUUCGGUGAACUAUGACGAUGAUGACGUGGAAAUAGAGUUAAAAAGAGCUCAUGUAGAUAUGUACGUAAGGAAACUCAAGGAGAGGCAACGGCGGAAGAACAUUGCACGAGACUAUAACUUGGUACCGGCCUUUCUGGGGAAGGAUAAAAAGGACAAGGAGAAAGCUCCCAAACGAAAGAUCACAAAAGAAGAGAAGGAGUUGAGGCUGAAACUGAGGCCUCUGUACCAGUUCAUGUCUUGUAAGGAGUUUGAAGACUUCUUUGAGAACAUGCACAAGGAGAGGAUACUUCGAGCAAAGAUUCGGGAGCUGCAGCGGUAUCGUCGAAACGGAAUCACCAAAAUGGAAGAGUCGGCAGAAUAUGAGGCAGCCAGGCAUAAACGGGAAAAGAGGAAGGAGAACAAAAACAUAGCUAGUUCCAAGAGAGGGAAGGAAGAUGGUAAAGAAGGUGAAUUUGCUGCCAUUGAAAACCUGCCUGGCUUUGAACUCUUAUCGGACAGGGAAAAGGUGCUCUGCAGCUCUCUAAAUUUGAGUCCUGCACGUUACGUGACAGUAAAAACUAUAAUCAUUAAAGACCAUCUCCAGAAAAGACAAGGAAUUCCCUCAAAGAGUCGUCUUCCCAGUUACUUAGAUAAGGUACUGAAGAAAAGGAUUUUAAACUUUCUAACAGAAAGUGGUUGGAUAUCCAGGGAUGCUUCAUGAAACUCAGCUGAUCUGAAAAAACACAGCAGAGGCCCAUUGUAGCCUCAAGGACGGUGUUAUUUUUUCCUUCCCUCCCCAGAGAUACAGAAAUUAUGUCACUUGGAAACAAACAAAAAAAGCAACUAACAUAAACCCCCACAGUAUUCAUGAUCCAUGGUUCAAAUAGACUUUUGCUUUGGAUCGUGGAAAAUCUUAAUUGUGAAACUUAUACAUUGGAUGUCACUGCUUUUGGUACAUUAUUAGAAUGGAUUUCUUUCAUGUGAACUUACUCAAGUCCAGUAGUCCCAGAGUAGUUACUUUACUCCUUACUACUGGACAAAUGAGUAUCUGUGUAAUCCUUGCUUUUCUUUGAAGGUGGGAGAUGGUUUCAUUUGCCGGAAACUUUCUUCUCCCUUUGUUUUGUUUUUUGGUGUAAUGCUGGCAGCAAAGUGAAGCUUACAAAAGUCCUGAGCUCAGGAGCGUGGCGAGCAGGGAUUUUUGUGACCACUGCUAAGCUUUCAGAACAUUCUCCUUAGUAACUACAGCCAAGGCGCUGGGACAGCAGGGUGAGAGUUUCUGUCCAGAGUACAGCAGGGAUGAGCCAUGGCAGGGAGUGGAAGGAAAGAAGUGUGGUAGGUGAGAUGCCUUCAGGUACUUGUGCUGUGGAAAGGGUUCUUGAAGAGCUACCUUCACACCCAGCUGAUCUGGACAUAGUUUUGACAUGAGUUUUUGCUGAAACAGACCCCACUGAAGCUUUGAUGUUAACUAACUGGUAGCAAAGUUGCAGGAGUACAGGGCAGCUGUGGUGCUCUGUCCGGAGGAGGGGUCAGCACUACUGUGAAGUGGCUGAUUUGGGCCAGAAGUGGGGUUUGGGAAAACAGGCAGUGAGUUGUCCUGCAGUGGUUGGGAGCCCAGGCAGCAAAAUCGCCGUUUCCUCUUGUUGGAGGAGCCCACUCCUCCUUUUUUGGUAUCUGUAACUUCUGAGCUUGUAUGGGCUGAGGAGGUGUAGCUGCCUCUUCCUGAAUGUGAUUGGGAGGGACAGGGAAAGGGAGCGAGAUUCUCAAACAGAGUGUGAUCACUGAGAUUAGCUCUUAAAAACAAAAAUGAGAAGUGAUGCAGAUCAGGUCAAAAUGCACAGCUAAUGUGCUCCUAAAGUGCGGAGCUGUAAAUCAAGCCAUUACAGGGUUCUAAUUGCACAUACCUUGAAACGUACUGGACUAAACGUGUUGAAGUUGAAAUUACUGACAUGGUAGAACUGUGAAUGCAGCCCACUGCAGUGAGGACAGUGCCCCUUGAGAGGUAGCUCGUCACAACGACUACAGUCUGAGCUGGAUGCCUGCGACAAGCACCAGCUGGUGAUGUAACACGGCGUGUAACAGAAGUGCUGAUCCUCGGUACUGUUUUAGUAAGAUCUACCGAUUAAGGGAAAGAUGUUGAAGGAGGACUAGAAAAGGAGUUUUAUGCUCAUUUCAUCCUUAAACUCCUGUGCUGGUAUUUAACCAAAUGAAUAAAAAAUGGUGGUUGCCACAUGGAAGGCGGCAAAGUGUUACUCAUGCCUAAGCCUCUCUACUGGUCAUGUCCAGAGCCGUAAGCUGUGACCGGAAGCCAGUUGGGCAGGUCUUCUGGAGUGCAGGUGUGCCAAAACAUGGAACUUGACUGGCUUCAGAACAAGCGCAAGCACUGGAAAUGUCAUCUUGGUUUCAUGCUUUGGGCUGUAGUCAGUGAGGAUACCACAAAAUCUUGAAACAGUGUUAAUUCUGCAACUUGGCAGAGGUAUACUGAUUAGAACUGGGUUUUAGUUAACAUAUCCAGCAUUACCAAAAUAGUGUUACCAGUGAGUUUAGAAUAAAAGGGGUACAAUUACAAAGCCAGCAUUUCUAAGGAAGAAAAAACCAAAACUGUAGUGCCUUUUUCUUUUGAGCUUGUGAUGUUAUGUCCUUUCAGAAAGGUAAGGGCUAUGUCCUCUCAGAUGUAAUACUUUGUUUGGCUUACCCGUAAGUGGCUUGUUGUGAAAUAUUUGAGACAAAACUGUCUCUCCUUGGCAGCAGUGGAACUAACUGCAAUGUGCUGAGUAGCUUUAAGAACCACUUCCACCCUAUAUGCAUGUACAAACAGCACACAAGUUC